UUCAAAUACUCCUGCACUGAAUAUGGGCCAAAAGGUUUAUUGUAAAUUCUUCCGACCACAAGGGGGAGAAUGGACUUGACAAAAAGAAACACGGAGGAUUUUUUUUUUUUUUUUGUGCAUAUCUUUAAAAAAUGAAAGAUGUGUGUUCUUGGGAAACGUUGGCUUUUACACAGCAAACGUUUAAAGUGUAAUAGUAACAAAAAUAUUGAAUAGAAGUGUUUUUUCCGCUCAUCUCGUAGUCUCUGAGCUGACGUCAGUGAGAGCGCAGCCCACUGGCGGUGGGCUGGAGCUGCUGCUGAUAUAUGGAGCGAUCGCUCAGGAGGACCCAGUCCGACCUUGUCUGACUCAGAGCCCCGCGUCUGCUUGGCUUGUAGCGCGGUGAAAAACUGUAGAGCUGCCGAGGAAAUCCUCUUCAGGCGCGCACAACUUUGGCUUUCAUUCAUGUAUUUUUUGUCAUCGCUUCUCAUCUACGCCGUGCACAGGAACAAGCAAACUACUCCAAGCUCUUCCGCAUAUUGGACUUCUCUCCCCAGCGGUGUCCCUGCAAGGAUUCGGGAAAUGAAGACUCCUGCUGAGACAGAACCAGGGAUUGUUUGAGAUCCAAAUCGUAUUUUUUAUUUUAUUUUUAUUUUUGUCUCCAACAGAUUUUUUUUUUAGUUUAUUACAUUUUUCACUCCCUGUGUGAAAUAAUUAAUUGCUUUCCUUGGGUCGCAACAUAAACCUAGAACUGGACGAGCCUUUGUUGUGCGUUGUACAGUACCGCACAAUUUUAAUCAGAAUGUAUUUUGUUUAGGACAGGCUCUGAUUUAUACAAAGUGUCACAUUUAGGGAUGGCGAACGACUGCAAUCGCAAUAUUGUUGAAAACUACAUCUGCCAUAAACUCUCCAAACGGGGAUUUGUGUGGGGAUCUAACGGGGUCCGGGACGACGAUGCUGCUAAUAACGGAGGUUUAGGCGAACAUUCGCCGACUUUGGUCCGGCGAUGCCGCGAUGCAGGACCGGGGCCCGACAGCGACCCCCACCGCCUCUACAGGCGGCUCUCCCAGUCCGACCAGCACGUAGACAUCCACCGGGUCCUGCGCGACGCUGGGGACGAACUCGAGAGACUGUACCAGUUGGACUUCGUGGAGAUGUCGCAGCAGCUGUACCUCACCGGGGACACCGCCAGGACGAGGUUCGCAGAGGUCAUAGACGAACUGUUCCGGGACGGCGUGAACUGGGGUCGGAUUAUAGCUUUCUUCGAGUUCGGGAGCACUGUGUGCGUGGAGUGCGCCUCCAAGGAGGAGAUGUCAUCACAAGUGAACAACAUCGCGGAGUGGAUGACGGGAUAUUUAAAUGGACCUCUUGACAGCUGGAUACAAGAUAACGGGGGAUGGGAUGCGUUUGUGGAUCUGUACGACAGACAAAAGGAGUCUAUCUUCAGCUGCUACUGGCCGUCCAUUAAGACUGUCUUUGGCCUGGCUGCGCUUGGGGCGGCCAGCAUCACCAUCGGGGCAUACCUUGCACAAAAGUGAACCUUCUCUUUCUCUCUCGACUCCAUCGGCUCAACUUUAUUUCUCAGCACCGUCCUCCUCCUUUUUUUUCCUUGUGCCCCUGUUUUCCAGAUGCCCCUGACCCCCUCAGAGACAACCUUCAGACUGAAUCUGGCUCUCUUCAAAGCCUCUCUGUGAACGCUUCUUUUCCUCUUGCCUCCUUCUGUCAAAAACAGAGACAAAUCAAAAAAACUGCAGAGGGAACCAGAGGCACGCCCCAAAGAUGCAAGAGGUGUAAGCACACUAAACUGAGUGAAGUUGAGGAGGAUCAAGAAAUGCAUGCAUUUUUCUUUAAUUUCCUGCCUGCUUCUGUACUAGUUUACGGCAUGAACCUUUGAAUGGUAGAGUAUAGACAUAAUGUGCAAGUGUGAGACCUGUUUUAUGAGGGCUUGGUGAUGAUGAAGCAGUAGCAGCAGACCCCACCCCCCACGUAUUAUAGGAUGAAGGACCCUGUUUGAGAUGUGGACUCCAGAUACCUCCUUACAACCGUCCUUCAAAGCACUUCUUCUGCAGAAAAGCUGCUCAGAACGUGUAAUGGAAACAGCUCACUGCAGCCAGCACAGCAUGUGUCUACUGUUUUCACUCCUCACACAGCUCAGGUGAACACAUUGCACCAUUAUACUCUCUCUCUCUCUCUAGGUCUGUAAUGGAGGUAAAGGAAGCCUGAGUUUGGCUCAGCUAAAAGCUCCUUGAUUUUUGUGUUGGGUUUUAUUUUUCUUGCAUGCCAAACCAAAUAAGGAGUUGUGUGUGUUUAUGUGUGCAUCUUCAAGGAGUAUAAAAUGUUGCGUGAAGGUAUGUUGCCAAGUGAGAGAAACGUGGAGCCGUGUGCACAGAGAGAAUGAGUUAGAGGUACAAUAAAUGUUGCUUUCUGCAGCCUCCGUCGUCUAACGGGACAAUUUUAAGAACGCAUUUCUCAAGCAGCGUAAUGUGAAAAAGUUCACCCCUUUUGCUAAAUGUAUAGCUUUACUAUUAGCACAAACAACUCAAGAGUUUUGUGACAGCAUCAGUCCUCCUUCAAUUUGUGGUCUGAUUGCCUGGUCUCGCCCAGGUUUCAGUGUGUCCUCCGGUUGCUGCUGCCCUGCAGUAACUCAAUAAUGAAUCCGUUCUGACAGAAAUCUGUUGACAUGGACUGAGAAAUUUUCUCCUGUGGCCACAUGUGACUGGGUGGAAAUCAAGUCAGCAGCAUUUCAGUCCUGGACUCCAUCUUGCUGGAACCUGAGAUGUCCCCCCCCUUCUGUCUGGCCACUGAAAGCAUCCGGGGAAUUGAUUUUUUUAUUCCUUUCAGCCUGUUUUAUUGAUGUUCGUAUUGUGUUGCAGUCUGAUGGAUAAUUCUUUAAAAAUAUUUUGGUUGUGCCCAACCUCCCAGCCUUUUUAAUGGAGAGGUGAUUUUAAUUUUCUGUCUCAGAAAAUCUCCAACGUCUGUGUUUCGUGGAUGACGAUUGAUCACGACGUGUAACCGUUUUUUACAACGCGACAGGCUAUAGAGAAGAAAUAAUGAAUAAAGCUACAUUUCUUUAAUUUAUUUUAAGGUACAAGAUAACAGACUUUCAGAAUAAAACUAGUCACUUUUAUUUUCCUUUUUCUAUGGAAUCACACUGUAAACUACAUCGUUUCCUGGCUGCUAAUAUAAUAAUGUGUAGAAAUGAAUCUUUGUGUUGCAUUGAUGUCAGCUUCGAGGCUGCUAUACUGUCAAGUCUAAAACUUUUCCUCACAGCUUAAACUGCCACAAGUUCACAGUAUAAGUGUAGAGAGCUGGAAACCAAAGUAAACGUGUUCUGAUCUUUCAUUUAAAACGUAUCUUACAGAGAAUACCGCGCCAUGCAAGAAGUUUUUUCACAUUUUGUCACAUUACACAAAAUAAAGUCUUUGUUUUUUAUUGGGAUUUUACAGGACACACCCAACACAAAGUCUUGCAGAAUUCUGAGGUGAAGAGAACAGGAUACAUGACUUUUUAACAAAAGAAAAAAUAUAUAUCUAAACUGUGGUGUGCAUUAUAUUCAGCCCCCUUAACAAUGAUGACCCUAAAUAAAAUCAAAGUGCAACCCGGCGAAUGUCAGUAUAAAAGCAGCUAUUCUGUGGACAUUAGUGAACAAAACGCAUCACAAAGGCCAAGAAACACACCAGACAGGUCAGGGGUUAAAUUGUGAAGAACUUUAAAACAGUUUUAGACUAUAAGACAGUGUCCCAAGAUUUGACCAUCUCAUAAAGCACUCCUCAAUCCAUCAUGAAAACGGAAGGAGUAUGACUUAACCCACACCUACAAAGAUACGGCCGUCCAUCUAAACUGGAAGGCCUGGUGGGAAGAACAUUAAGCAGAGAAGCCACCAAGAAAGUCAUGGUAACUCUGGAGAAGGUGCAGAGGUCCACAGCUCGUUUUGGGAGAAUCUGUCAGCAGGACAAAUCUUAGUUAUGCACUCUAUGAAUCUUGCCUUUUAAGAGGAAAGUGGCAGUAAGAAAGACACUGUUGAAAGUAAAGCGUGAGAAGUCAUGUGUAAAGUUUGCCGUGAACUGUGUAGGGGAUACAGUAAAUGUGGAAGAAGGUGUUCGGGUCAGAUGAGGCCAAAACUGAACAUUUUGGCCUAUGCAAAAAUUGCUGCAUGUUCCAGAUAUCUAACACUGCAAAUCUUCCUGAUCCAAUCAUCCCUUUAGUAAAAGAUGGUGGCGACUGCAUCAUGCUGUAGGAAUGCUUUUCUUCAUCAGGGACAGAGAAGCUAGUUGGAGCUGAUGUUAAGAUGGAUGGAGCUGAAGCACGGCAAUCCUGAAAGAAAACCUGCUGAGACUGAGGUGGAUGUUCACUUUCCAGCAGGACAGCCAUACUGACAAUAUAGCCAGAGCUGGGAUGGAAUAGUUUAGGUCAUACAAAACGCUGUGUGGUGUCAAAAGAAUAACUUUAAACAUCACAGUAAAAAUACCAUCUCCAUUGUAAAACAUGGUGGUGGCAGCAUCGUGCUGUGGGCAUUGCAUUCAAUUGAGGAUCUGUAUCAAGGCCCUCUUCUUCCAGGUUGACUGAGCUUGAGCUGCUGCGAAAAGCAGGUGUAGACAUACCUUUAAAGACCUGCAGAUAUAACUGCAGCAAAAGGUGAUUCUACAAAGUAUUGACUUAGAGGGCUGAAUACAAAUGCACAGAACACUUUAGAUACCAUGCAUCUUUUUCCUCGCUCUUUCCAAUUAUGCAUGAUUUUGUGUUGGCCUAAUCACAUCAAGUCCCAAUAAAACACCUAGAGGUUAGUGGCUGUAACUUUAAACUGUGCAAAAUGUGGAGAAAUUCAAUGCGUAGGAAUACUUUUGCAAGGCACUGUGGUUUCAGAUCACUGAGAGGUUUCUGUGUAGUGUAACUGUACUAUAACCACUUCAUUUUCAUCAGCUUUGUGCUCACACAAUAACUAAUGUGUAAAAUGUCAAAUACCAGAUCUAAAACUCCUCUUUUUACUACCACAGCUCAGAGUGACGCGCGUGUUUGUAUGAAACAGAGGGCGAUUCCUGCACAGGAGUAAGAAGAACUUAACAGCAAUAUACUGUAAUUUUUACAUCCUCUGUGCAUAUAUGAAUGUAGCACUCUUGUUGCUGUACUGUUUCAUUGUCUAUACUCUAUUCAAAAACUUGUAGCACUUAUUAAAAAAGAAAGUGAGUUGUGUUCCUGUUGUUUACUGCUAUAUCCACAAUAAGCUAGUGGGAUCAUAUUGUUCCUAAUAAAUCAGAUUUCUCUGGCAGAUGCAGUCUUGA